CACAAAGAUAGAUAUAGAAUUGGAAAGAGGAUGAAGUCAAUCAUUAGAGCCAAGAGAGUUGUGAUUGGAUCAGAGAUAAAGCCUGCCACGAUAGUGAUCGAGAAUGGUGUGACAGUCCAGAUACUGCCUUAUGAACAUUCAUUGCCAUUAGGAGAGUAUGGUGUCGUUCGUGAUUGUGCUGAUAAUGAGGUGUUGAUGGGUGGUUUGGUAGACAGCCACGUCCAUGUCAAUGAGCCUGGCCGCACUGAAUGGGAGGGCUUUGUCACUGCCACAUCAGCCGCGGCAGCGGGCGGUGUCACCACGAUUAUCGACAUGCCACUCAACAGCGACCCUGUCACAACAUCAUUCGACGCACUUCAGGCCAAGAUCGCAUCGAUGCAAGGCAAGUGCUUUGUGGACGUUGGCCUCCUUGGUGGAAUCAUCCCCAACAACGAGGACCAGAUCAAGCGCAUGGUGUUGGAGGGUGGUGUCGUGGGCUUCAAGAGCUUCCUGGUGCACUCUGGCAUUGACGAGUUCCCUCACGUCAACAGACAACAAGUGGACAAGGCCAUGAAGGUGAUGGCCGAGCUCAAACAGAUUGGCAAGGAUGUGGUAAUGAUGUUCCACGCAGAGGUGCCCGAGCCCAUUGAUGAGGCAAUCGCCAACAUGCCCGCAGAUGCCGAUCCACGCGACUACAACACAUUCCUGAGCAGCCGACCAAAGGCCUCGGAGAACCAAGCCAUCGACAUGGUGAUCGACUUGACCAAGGCGAACAACGUUCGCACACAUAUCGUCCAUCUCUCCUCCAAUGAGGCCAUACCAAGUAUGCGCGCAGCUCUCGAUGCAGGUGUUCCAAUCACCGCCGAGACAACAUUCCACUACCUAUUCUUUGUCUCAGAGCAGGUACCACAUGGCGCCACUUUGUACAAGUGCUGUCCACCCAUCAGAGAGUCUGACAACAGGGUCGACCUAUGGAGCGCCGUCCAGGAUGGAACCAUCGAGCUGAUUGUGUCGGACCACUCACCUUGCACGGUCAACCUCAAACUGUUGGACCUGGGCGACUUUAUGAAGGCUUGGGGCGGUAUCUCAUCGCUCCAAUUUGGCCUGUCUAUCAUAUGGAGCGAGGCUAAGAAGCGUGGCAUCGACAUCACCAAGUUCUCAAGGUGGAUGAGUGACUCGCCUGCCGCGCUUGUCAACAUGAACGACCGCAAGGGUUCGAUCAAAGUGGGUCGCGACGCAGACUUUGUUGUAUGGGAUCCAGAACAGACGUUUGUGGUCGAUCCCAGCAUCAUGUACGUGAAGAACAGGGCUUCACCAUACAUUGGUCAACAACUCUAUGGACAAGUCAUCGAGACCAUUCUUCGCGGACGUCCAAUCUACACCAGCAAACAAGGUCACAUCAAGGAGUUCAGUGGUGUGCGCAUCGUCCCGACCAACAUCCACACCCUGCCCACCUAUCCUUCUUGCCACCUCCCACCCAUCAUCAGGCUUAAUCAAUUGGACAAGGAUACAUUUGAUAACACAAUCCACUUGUUAUUUGAAAAGAUACCAAUGUUGUUCCAGCAACUGUAUGAUAGGAGACCAUUCACUUGUUAUGAACACCUGGUGGAUACAGCUCAAGAUAUAAUGGCCAAUAUGUCGACGGCUGAUCGCACACAAUGCCUCAACUCACAUUCAAGAAUAGGUGCAACAGUCACUCAGAUGAAGAGUGUAUCGAGUCUGUCGGUCAAGGAACAGAGUGCCAGUGGCGCGCAACAAGAGACACCGGAGCAAGUUCAGGCAGUACAUGAAGAGCUACAACGUUUGAACAAGCUCUAUGAGGACAAGUAUGGAUUUAGGUUCAUUGUGUUUGUCAAUGGUCGACCAAAGUCCGCCAUUGUGCCCGUGUUCCAAGAGCGACUGGACAACGGCAAACCCGAAUCAGAGCUAGCCCUAGGUCUCUCUGAGCUAGUAUGUAUCGCUCGUGAUCGUCUCAAGAAGCUG